AUGGCUCCUUUAUCGGGGUCGGAUGCGGACUAUUUUAGGGACAAGGCGCGGAGGGAUCUCUUGACUUUACUCGAAGGCGCCCGGGGUAAGAAGAACCUCGUGAUAAGCCAGGAACUGGCCGGCCCAGUGGGUCUAUUCGUCAAGUUCUCCGUGCUCCAAGAGUAUGGUGUUGACCGGGUCUUCUUGCUGGAAAAUGCAAACAUCGACUCAUCACAACGCAAUGUUGUAUUCCUUGUUCGUGGCGAGAAAGCUCGCCACGUUCGAAUUGUGGCAGAACAAAUCAAACGCUUGCAGAAUAAUGGAAAUGUUGAACAUGAGUUUUCCAUCUUCUUCGCUCCAAGACGGACGCUUAUGAGCAAUUCUGUCUUGGAGGAGGCAGGAAUCAUCGGCGACGUGAACAUCGCCGAGCUUCCUCUUUAUUUUAUGCCUCUAGAACAAGACAUCUUGUCAUUAGAACUGGAUGAGUCGUUUGAAGACUUGUACUUGCACAAAGAUCCAGGGUGUAUCUUCCAUUCUGCUAAGGCUCUCAUGGGUGUCCAGCAGCGCCAUGGCUAUUUCCCACGCAUUGUUGGAAAAGGGGACAAUGCCCGGCGCUUAGCAGAUCUUCUAUUGCGUAUGAGGAAAGAACUUGAUGCAGAGGAGAGCUCCGGAUUGACUGAUCCCUCUGCACGAGGCCUGUUGCCAAGUGCGAGCGUAGAGAACUUGAUCAUCAUAGACCGUGACGUCGACUUCGGGACACCCCUUCUCACACAGCUCACCUAUGAAGGCUUAAUUGAUGAAUAUGUCGGUAUAAAGAACAACCAGGCAGACGUUGAUACAAGCAUUGUCGGUCCUGCUCCCACACCACAGUCCGAGUCAUCCAAGGCACCCCAGCAAGUCAAGCAGGGGCUGAAAAGAAAGAUACAGCUGGAUUCCUCGGAUCAGUUGUUCAGCCAACUGCGAGAUGCAAACUUUGCAAUCGUGGGCGAUAUCCUGAAUAAGGUGGCUCGCCGCUUAGAAAAUGAAUACGAGAGCCGCCACACGGCUAAAACGACAGGCGAGCUUCGAGAGUUUGUCAACCGAUUACCAACGUACCAGCUGGAGCACCAGAGUCUUCGAACCCAUACCAACCUCGCAGAAGAGAUAAUGCGACUAACCCGCUCCGAAACCUUCCGCAAAACUUUAGAAGUCCAGCAAAACAAUGCAGCCGGUGCCGACUCCACAUACCAGCACGAGACAAUCGAAGAGCUGAUAGCUCGAGAUGUUCCACUUAAGACUGUGCUACGGCUCCUGUGCCUGGAGUCCUGCAUGUCUGGGGGUCUCCGCCCCCGCGACCUAGAAAGUUUCAAGAGACAGGUCCUUCAAGCGUACGGCCACCAGCACCUUCUCACAUUCUGGGCGCUAGAGAAAAUGGAACUUCUCCAGCCUAGAUCCUCAGCAACGACAAUGCUGCUCCCUACAUCCGGUGCACAAGCAGGAUCAAAGACGAACUACGGGUACCUGCGCAAAAACCUCCGUCUUGUCAUCGAGGAGGUCAGCGAAAAGGAUCCGAACGACAUUUCUUAUGUGUACAGUGGCUUUGCGCCCCUCAGCGUCCGCCUGGUUCAAUGUGUGCUACAAAAAUCCUAUAUGGUAUCCUUGAUCAAGGGAGGUACGCCGGCCGCCUCGAACACCCCUAAUACAACGUCGCCUGGCUGGCUUGGCUUCGAGGACGUUGUCAAGAGUGCUCGCGGUGCGACUUUCAGUAUCGUGCAGAAGGGUGAUGAUAAGGCUGUGCGGGCUCGUCAAACGCUCAGCGGUAACUCAGCUACGAAGACCGUGUAUGUCUUUUUCCUGGGUGGUAUCACGUUCACCGAGAUCGCCGCGUUGCGCUUCAUUGCUGCGCAAGAGGCUCCACGGAGGAAGAUUAUUAUAUGUACCACGAGCAUCAUUAGUGGUGAUCGGAUGAUGGAGGCGGCCAUCGAGAAGGGUAGCUUUGUCAAGGCGGAGUAA